CCGGGUAGCGUGUACUCUCUGCAGAGUGCUUCUCGAUUAGCCACGGUGUAGUUUAUAAACGACCGUAAUCGCAACUGGACUGACCGCACAAAAAAUGUUGCUUAUUCUAACGCUGAUAUUCGCCACCGUUGGCUACGCUCUGUUCAACUACCAUCGUCAAAGACAGAAACUUUUGAAUAUUCGAUCGCACUUCGAUGGACCUGAUUCGCACUAUCUGUGGGGUACGUUCCCUAUGUUUAUAGGGAAGACCAUUCCGGACAUUUGGGACAUCAUCACGGAUUUGCACAAGAAGCAUGGGGAAGAUAUUGCAAUCAUUGCGGCCUUCAACGAACUGGUGAUGGACUUGUCCAGUUCGAAGAACGUGGAGAAAGUUUUGCUGGCAAAGUCUAUCAAGAAGUCGUUUGCCUACGAUUUUUUGGAGCCCUGGUUGGGAACGGGGCUGCUUAUCUCUACCGGUGAGAAGUGGUUCCAACGUAGAAAGAUUAUCACUCCGACGUUCCACUUCAGUAUGUUGGAAGGAUUUUUGGAAGUUUUCAACAAGGAAGCUAAUAUCUUGGUAUCCAAGCUGAAGGCUAAGGCAGGAAAGGAUGAGUUCGACAUCUACGACUAUGUUACUCUGUAUGCAUUGGAUAGUAUAUGUGAAACUUCAAUGGGAGUUCAAAUUAACGCUCAAGAUGAUCCAAACAAUGAAUAUGCGGUGGCAGUUAAACAGAUGAGUACGUUUAUCUUACGGAGAGUAUUCAGCAUUCUGCGGACGUUCCCAUCAUUAUUUUUCCUGUAUCCGUUUGCCAAGGAACAGAAGAAGGUCAUUCUAAAACUGCACAACUUCACGAACUCAGUAAUUGAUGCGCGAAGAGCAAUGUUAGAGAAGGAAAAGUCCAACAAGAACGUUACAUUUGAUCUUCAAGAAGAAAACAUGUACACUAAACGAAAAAUGACCUUCCUGGAUCUGCUGCUGAAUGUUACUGUCAAUGGAAAACCUUUGAGUCGAGAGGACAUUCGCGAGGAAGUGGACACCUUCAUGUUCGAGGGUCAUGACACAACCACUUCUGGGAUUUCGUUUACUCUGUGGCACUUGGCCAAGUAUCAGGAUGUUCAACAAAAACUGUUUGAGGAAAUCGAUCGUGUCUUGGGCAAGGACAAAGUCAAUGCUGAACUAACAAACUUACAGAUUCAGGAAUUGGACUACCUUGACAUGGUGGUUAAAGAAUCACUGCGACUGAUUCCACCAGUUCCGAUCAUUGGACGGACUCUGGUCGAAGAUAUGGAGAUGAACGGAGUUACCAUCCCAGCAGGAACGCAGAUUUCCAUAAAAAUCUACAACAUUCAUAGAAAUCCAAAAAUUUGGGAAAAAUCAGAUGAAUUUAUACCGGAACGAUUUUCAAAAACGAACGAAAGUAAACGAGGCCCUUAUGAUUUCAUCCCGUUCAGUGCUGGUUCCAGAAACUGCAUUGGUCAACGAUAUGCCAUGAUGGAACUCAAGGUCACAAUUAUCAAACUUAUUGCAAGUUUCAAAGUUCUGCCAGGUGAUUCAAUGGACAAACUGCGUUUCAAAACUGAUCUUGUUAUUCGUCCAGACAAUGGGAUCCCAAUUAAGCUAGUGGAAAGAAUUUGAGUAAUAAACCAAACUGAACAGAUA